UCUGCACAUGCGCCGACGGAAGUGUUUUACCAGGACGUGGCAUCUAAUUCGUGUAUUCGUGAAGUGUCAAAGUUUGUGUGUUGUUUAUCACCUCAUAUCACCAUUAUAUUUAGACCGACAUUUCCUAAAGCAAUAUAUAUUUAAUGCGUGAUCAACUGUGAUGAAUCCCCAGUAUACGGGACAGUAUGGUCAGGGGUCGCCAGGUGAUUACGGGGCCCCAGUUUCUACAGGGUAUGGUCCUCCAUCAUCAGGACAAACUGGGUCAGGACAGAAUAUGUACAAUGGACAACCUAUGCAUCAACAGGGACCAGGUCAGUAUGGAGGCCCGUCCAAGCCUAUGCCCGUACAAAAUGGACCACAGGGUUUACCUCCCGGUGGGUACGGUGGUCCACAAGGUGACUUGCAAUAUGGUGCCCCAAGGCCAGGAGGUCCAGGUUCCAUCCCACCUCGUGGGCCAGCUCCACCAGGACAGAUGGGUGGGCCUAGAGGGCCAGGUCCACAAAUGACCCCAGGUCAAGGACCAGCCCCUCCUGGACAAAUGGGUGGAGCAAGAGGUCCAGGCCCUAUGCCUUCUGGACAGAUGGGUGGGCCAAGAGGGCCAGGCCCUCAAAUGACACCAGGUCAAGUGCCUAGUCAGAUGAACAGCCAAAUGGGUAACCUGAGUAUUUCAGGGCCACCACAGAGAGGUCAGGCACCAAUGGGUGUAGGACCUCCUUCAAGUUCAGGUGCAAGCUACAUGCCUGGCCCACCAAGCAGUAUGUCAGGGCCUCCAGGAGGUAUGGGUAGUCCCCCAAGCAGUAUGGGUGGUCCAUCAAGUAGUAUGGGCGGACCUCCAGGUAGUAUGGGUGGUCCUCCAAGUAGUAUGGGCGGACCUUCAGGUAGUAUGGGUGGUCCUCCAAGUAGUAUGGGCGGACCACCAAGUAGUAUGGGCGCACCUCCAAGUAGCAUGGGUGGUCAGUUACCUCCUAGAAGUACACCUCAACCAUAUGGCAUGCCUCCAGGACCAGGGGCCCCUCCAGUGUCACAUGGGCAACCCCCUGUUGCAGGAGGCAGUUAUACUUCCUCACAUCAACCUGUUUCUAAUAUCGUUACUCAACCAUCUGAUAGUUACAGUCAGCCAUCAACUGGUGGAUAUGGACCACCUCCAGGAACACAGCCUUCAGGCUUUCCCCCACCUCCAACAAGUAUGGGGCAGCCUAGGCCAGGUAUGGGACCACCAGGUCCUGGUAUGCAACGUCCUCCAAUGGGAAUGCCCCCGUCAUCAAGUGCACCAGGGUCAUUUGGAAAUCAGCAUGGUUAUGGAGUGCCACCAUCAAUGGGACAGACCCCACAAGGGCCACCAACCAGUAUGCAGGGUCAAGGUUACAACCAGCCAGCAGGGUUUCCACCAAUGUCGGGUGCUCCACCUACUGGCCAGGGUUUCCAAGCCCCAGGGGCACAAGAAAUGUCUCAUGGUCAGUUUGGUGGUGCACCACAGCCAUCGUUCAACCAAGGGUACCCUGGCGCUCAGCCACCACGCCCUGGGGCUCCAGGUAUGCCACCAGGUGGAAUACAGCCUGGGGGCAUGCAGCAGCCACAGCAGAAAAAGCUGGAUCCUGAUCAGAUGCCAAGUCCUAUUCAAGUGAUUGAGGACGAUAAACGAAAUCGUAGUGGUAUAUUCAGUACAGCUACUAAAGGAGGUGUCCCACCACUUGUUACCACACAGUUCAUAACACAAGAUCAAGGAAACUGCAACCCAGCAUUUUUGCGGUCAACCAUGUACAAUGUCCCUUGCACAUCUGAUAUGCUCAAAAACAGUCAUCUGCCAUUUGCUUUAACUAUAUCACCAUUUGCCAAACUACAAGAGGAAGAGAAUCCACCACCAAUUGUAAACCUAGGAGAGCUGGGUCCAGUGAGAUGUAAACGAUGUAAAGCAUACAUGAAUCCAAACAUGAUGUUUAUAGACGGUGGUCGUAGAUUUCAGUGUGUCUUCUGUGGGGCAGCAACAGAUGUGCCUGAUGCAUAUUUUGCCCAUCUAGACCACACAGGUAGAAGAGUAGAUAGUUAUGACAGACCAGAACUGUGUCUAGGUUCUUACGAAUUUGUUGCAACUAAAGAUUAUUGUAAAAACAGUGUAUUACCAAAUGCCCCAGCUUUCAUAUUUAUGAUAGAUGUUUCCUAUAAUGCAGUGAAAAGUGGAUUGGUACAUUUAAUCUGCGAAAGAUUGAAAAAAGAUAUACUUGUCAACCUACCAAAAGAUUUAGGUGCUGAACAGUCAGAAAUCAGAGUUGGGUUUGUGACAUAUGGGAAAGAGAUACAUUUCUACAAUGUCAAGGGAGCAUUAGCCCAGCCUCAGAUGUUAGUUGUGUCAGAUGUAGAGGACGUGUUUGUACCAUUGUUAGAUGGUUUCUUUGUUACACUGGAGGAGUCCGAAUCAGUCAUCGACAGUUUACUAGCACAGAUCCCCCAGAUGUUCUGUGAGUCUAGAGAGACGGAGGUAGUUCUAGGACCAGUGAUUCAGGCAGGCCUGGAUGCACUGAAGUCUGCAGACAGAGCCGGCAAACUGUACAUAUUUCAUACUUCCUUGCCAAUAGGAGAGGCUCCAGGCAAAUUGAAAAACAGAGAUGAUAGAAAACUAUUGGGGACUGACAAAGAAAAGACAAUAUUGACUCCACAGACAAAGUUUUACAGUCAGUUAGGUCAGGAAUGUGUGGCAGCAGGCUGUAGUGUAGACAUGUUCUUGUUCCCAAACUCUUACUGUGAUGUAGCUACAAUCUCAGAGAUCUGUAGACUCACUUCAGGCAACAUGUAUAAAUACAGCUACUUUCAGGCGGACCUUGAUGGUGAGAGAUUUAUAGAAGAUCUGAAGAAUAACAUUCAGAGUCAGCAAGCAUUUGAUGCCAUCAUUAGGGUCAGAACAAGUCAAGGUAUUCGUCCGGUGGAUUUCCUAGGAAACUUCUAUAUGUCAAACACAACAGAUGUAGAAAUGUGUGCUGUGGACAAUAAUCAGGCGAUAUCUGUCGAGGUUAAACAUGAUGAUAAACUUAAUGAACAGGAAGGGGCGUUUGUUCAAGUGGCAGUGCUUUUUACUAGUGUUAGUGGACAGAGACGUUUAAGAAUACAUAACUUAGCACUCAAUUGUUGUACACAGUUGGCAGACUUGUUCCGAAAUUGUGAAUUGGAUACUUUUAUAAAUUACAUGUCAAAAUUUGCUAUUAGAAAUACAUUACACAAAAGCCCACGGGAGACAAGGGAGCACAUUAUGACAGAAGUAGCUAAUGUAUUGGCAUGCUAUAGGAAGAACUGUGCUAGUCCAUCCUCAGCCGGUCAGCUUAUUCUGCCAGAAUGUAUGAAACUGUUACCUCUCUAUGGUAACUGCGUCAUUAAAAGUGAUGGAAUUCAAGGAGGUCAAGACAUAUCCACAGAUGAUCGCAGCUAUCUGAUGCACCUUAUCAAUGCCAUGGAUGUAAAAUCAUCUUGUGCUUUCUUCUACCCAAGGCUUAUACCAUUGCACAAUUUAGAUCCAAAGACAGCGGAAAUACCUGUUGCAAUGAGAUGCUCGUCAGAAAGAUUAAUGGACAAUGGUGUCUAUUUGUUAGAGAAUGGUGUGUCAAUGUUUAUGUGGAUAGGACACAGUGUGGAUCCAGAGUGGGUACAGAAUGUGUUCAGUGUACAGAGUGCAGCACAGAUUGAUAUUGAUAAGUGUUGUUUGCUGCAUCUAGAGAACGAGGAGUCACAUGUUGUUAGAGAUGUAUUACACAAGAUCCGAGCACAAAGAAACAGAUAUAUGAAGUUAACUAUUGUGAGACAGCGAGACAAACUGGAGCCGUGGUUCAAUCAUUUCCUGGUUGAAGACAAAGGACAGAAUGGCAGUGCUUCAUACGUAGACUUCUUGUGUCAUAUUCAUAAAGAAAUACGGAACUUACUUAGCUAGAUAGUCACUGUGUGAACUUGAUAAUAUAUUGUGAUAUUUUGAUUCAAAAUUUCUGUGACCAGCUUGUUCUGCUGAGAUUGCCAAAUGAAAAAGCAGAAGUGAUUGGAUUUAAACAGCAGGCAAUAAAAAUUAGAAAGAUGGUACUGUUGUGUUUUUGACACUUAAGAUAGUACAGUUGUGAUUUUUGGUCACAUUAAUGGUAUAGUUGUGAAUCUGACACAGUAAUUAUAUUUGACAGGAAAUGUACUAAUAGAUGUGUAUGUUUUAUGGUAUCAUCUACACAAAGAAGAGAUUGUGUUUUUUCAUACACCAAAGGAAAAGUUUUAUGCAUAAGAGUUUUGUAACAUCUCUCAAGUUGAAAUUUGUCUACGUAGUUGGGAAGGUAAUUUUUACACCCUGCAAAUGAAAGCAAAUGACAUUAUUGUUAUACACACACCCUUGUAAAAUUAAAAAUUAAUUGACAAUGAUAUGGCCUGUUUGGGUGAAACAUUAUUUUACUUUGACCAGUUACUGCGGCUCUCAGCUGUGACAUGUCUGUGUGAGAACCAGUCAGUGGCAAUUGUUCUCAAAGCCGUUCGGGAGGGGCUAACAUUGUUGAGGGCUCUGAUUUCCCAACACUUGUCCCCCAGCUCUGUUGGUUCAAACCCUGCUUGGGUGGACAUGUGAGGAAGCCAUCCAGCUGGCUUACUGAAGGUCAUUAUUUCCACCCCAAAGCAUGCCAUGUGCGAAAUAAUUUCCAUAGAAACACCUGGGGUCCUCCUUCACCAUUGAAGCUCAGAAGUCUUUAAGUGACCUAAAGUAAGUCAAUAUGACUUUAAAGCCCCCAAAACAAGGAUGUUUUGGCCUGAUCAGUUGAGGUCAAUGAAGCGUGCUACAAGCCAUGGGUAAGUUGAAUCUGAGAUAGGUGUCAAAAACAUGAAAGGGAUGUACAGAUUAUUUAAAAUCUGUAAACAAGAUGUUUUGAUAGUCAUCAUAAAGCAUUGUUUGUAACUAUUUAAGACCUCGAUUUACUGCAUAUGAAAGGGUAAUACGUAAGGCACCAAGUGCCUUUUUUUUUUUGCCAAAUGCACUCCACUUUAAGUACUGCGACACCCUUCAGUGUGGUUUUCCUGUUGAAUUAUUGUGUACAUUUUGUAAAGAAAGUGACUAAACAUGUAUAACAAUCUUUACUAAAGUGCUAGUCAGACUAUAUGAUGUAAUCUUCAAACCAGUGUAUUUAUUUUUGUUAACUAAUGCAGCGUCUAGUAUAUAAAUCGGUAAAUGCUAGGAAAUCUGUGUUUCAGUCAGAAAAUAACAGUAAAAAUGCAUACAUACAUUGUAAACAAAUUGAAAUGUUCUAACUAAUAAUGAAUUUACUUCCUUUUAAGUAAUUUAUGUGUUCAAAGUAUUGAAAAUAUGCAGACAGCGACCAACCAUGAUAGAAGAACCAGUGUGUGAUUCCUCCAUUUUUUCUGAACUGACUUCAUAUUGUACUAUGUCUUUUGAAGGGCGGUUUGCCAUCAUUAAUGUGACUCACCAUCUGUGUCGUUGCAAUAAGGCAAGAUAUAUUCCAGAUUAUUUAUGAAAACCAAACAAAAUUUCUUUAUAUUUUGUGGUUACUGAAGAAAACAAUCGAGCAGAAAAAAUAACAGAAACUGUAUCAUUCACAGCGAGUGCUCUGAAUGAUUUUCUGAUAAAACUGGCAAGAAAUAAAAUGGUUAUAUUUGCAAGAGGAAAAUACCUUUUAAUAUUAUUUUAUGUUGCUGCCUUUUAAGACAUCGACCAGAUACUGCUGAUCUAAAGGCAGCUUCACAAAGACCCAGUAAAUGCCUAGUCAGUCACAAUGAUGGAACGUGAUUUGUACAGCAUUACAUUACUUAACCAAAAAUUCUAAUUCGUAUUAAUUUCCAGUAAUUUAAUCAUUUUCUGUAUAUGCUAGCAGCUCAUGUAUAUUAGCGAUCAUAUAUUUAGCUUACGCAUGGAUUCACUGUAAACUAAGUAUAUAUUAUGAAUAAGAAAAGUUCUCCUCUCUUUUCAUACAUCAUCUAAUAAAUUGUGGAACUUGGAAAGUUUUCUUCAAUAAAAAAUUGUAACAAAAUCUAUGUGGCCAAAGUUCACUGUUACAUUGACCAUUAAUCAACUCUUUACUAAACUCUUGAAAACUUCCAUGUUUAAAUCAUUCAGAUGUUUUUGUAACAAAAAAGAGUGUGUACUGUAGAUGGCAUUUUAUAAUGCUAAUGAAUUAACAAGAUACAGCAGACAAAUGUAAACAAAAUGUCUGUAACGCCGCCAACUGGAGCAUCGGUGGCUUGAGCGCCCAGGCUUUCUUAAGCCAUUUACAUGGUCCUUGGCCGUUUUCCAUAUAUUUUCUGUAAUAUAACUCCAGCAUUUUGGUCAUAGCAUUGUGACCUAGAGUGAUCAUUGUUUUUCUGUAAUUUUAAUGAUGCUUCUUUCCCUGAACCACCUAUACAGUGCCAUGUUUUUACACUAUAUUUGUCAACAUAUAUGAAGUGGUUGUGGAUAUGUACAAGAAGAAAAUUCCUGAUAUCAUUUUAAAAAACUUGUGUCAGAAAUAAGUGUCCCUGUUCUAGUAUGUAAUUUAUGUCAUCUUCUGUGGUCACACUUGUACAAGACAUUUGUUUUGUUUUACUCUCUCAGUACUGAGUAGGGUUAACUUUGUUAAAUGAGAUUUAAAGUGUAUACAAAUACUUAUUUGCAGAAAAAAGUUUCUAUGGCAUUCAUUGUUAGUGUUAUUAUAGUCUAUACGUCCAUAUAUUAUUCAUGUAAAACUAUAAAACAGCGUUCUAGCAACUCUAUUUCAGAAGUUUUACCAUACUUAAUACCUGUUGUUGAAAUAACGUCCCUAAUACCAAAUUGUCCUGCAUUCUUAUGACACUGAUCAGUGCAAUUCAAGGGUGACAAUAGCUGGAAAAAUAUUGCAGCAGAAUUAAGUACAGCAAGACUUAUCUGACAAUUUCAUAAUGUAUAUACUCGUGUUAUUCUACAUGAAUGAAUGUUUUACACUAUAGAUAAAGGUAGUUUUACAAAACUUUUUGAGCCCCAAUAAAAGUUCAGGUUUAUUUAAUUAGAUUGUAUAGAUUAUAUAUUUCUUCAUCUACUUGAGCGACUUGUCUCCUUAAUUUAUUAAUAAUUAGCCUGCUGGAGACAAAAGAGUUUGCCUUUGUGACCGUUGCAGACCCAGAUCAGCCUGCACUGCUUGCUCUUCAGUCUGUAAAGAGCUUCCUACAGUCUUACCCAGGUUCAACUGUUUGUUCAUUGUUCAGACAUGACAUAUUUCUUUAAUAAAUGCUUUGCAAUUGUUAAGUUGUUAAAUAGAUAAUUCAAGGUUCUGAAAGCUUUGUAAAAUAUUGACUUUUUAUCAUUAAAUGAGAGAAUGAGAUUUCAGUAUUUGUUUUGUUAAGAUGGUGAUAUUUGAAGCACUGCAUACAUGCUCUAUUUAUUUCUCUAUAGUACUAGAUGUUUCAGUUUAAAGCUGAACAAAAGUUGUUUUACUCAUUACGGAAUUGGAAGACUGUACAUCAAAAUGUCAAAUGAAAUAAACUAUUUGUUUAAAUAUU